AUGGUCGGGUUAUGUAGCCCCAAGUCCCCAGCCGAGAAGGUCACCUUUGAGUCGUUGGCGCCAGGUUUUGAAAUUGGGGUACUCGCGUCGGUUCACGUCUUAUCGCUUCGUCUGAUAGGAGUUGGCGAGGCUCCACAAACACCUAGCAACGGGUCGGCUUUUAGAGAUGAUGGGGAGGAUGAAGAUGUGGUGGAUGAAGAUGUGGUGAACCAAAUGUACGAGGCAGUCGACCAAAUGGGUGAGGAUAUGCCCAUUGAUCUGGGUAGGAAUUUUGAGGACCGAGGGGGUGGGGGUGCUAAGCGAGGCGAAGUAGGGGGUCAGGGGGAAGCCAUAUAG